CCAUUUCAGAAAUAUAAAAAUUAGGAACUUUGGUGCUUCAAAGGACACCAUGAAGGAGGCUAAAAGACAGCCCAUAGAAUUGGAGAAAAUGGUUGCCAAUCAUGUAUCUGAUCAGGGACUUCCAUCAGAAUAUACAAAGAAUCCUUGUAACUUAAUAGUAAAAAGACAACCUAAUUAAACAUGGCAAAGGUUCUGAAUAGAAAUGUCUCCAAGGAAGAUAUUCAGAUGGUCAGUAAGCACAUGAAAGGAUGCUCAAUAUCAUCAGUCAUGAGGGAACUGCAAACAAAAACCAUAGUGAGAUGCCUCUUCAUACCCACUGGGUUGGCAGCCAGUGUGGGCGAGGAUGUGGAGAAACGGGAACCCUCAUGCCCGGCUGGCGGGAAGGGAAGAUGGCACAGCUGCUGUGGAAAACCGUCUGGCAGCUUCUCAGACACAGAGUCGCCAUGUGAACCAGCAGCUCCACUCCCAGAUGUGAGUGACAUCAGGCGCUUCCUCAGUGCGUUUCACGAGCCGCACGCGGGCCUCAUCCAGGCCGCCCAGCAGCUGCUGUGUGAUGAGCAGGCCCCACAGAGGCAGAGGCUGCUGGCCGACCUCCUACACAACGUCAGCCAGAACAUCGCGGCCGAGACCCGGGCUGAGGACCCGCCGUGGUUUGAAGGCUUGGAGUCCCGAUUUCAGAGUAAGUCUGGCUAUCUGAGAUACAGCUGUGAGAGCCGGAUCCGGAGUUACCUGAGAGAGGUGAGCUCCUACCCCUCCAUGGUGGGUGUGGAGGCUCAGGAAGAAUUCCUGCGGGUCCUCGACUCCAUGUGCCAGAAGCUCCGGUCUGUGCAGUACAAUGGUAGCUAUUUCGACAGAGGAGCCAAAGGUGGCAGCCGUCUCUGCACACCGGAAGGCUGGUUCUCCUGCCAGGGUCCCUUCGACAUGGACAGCUGCUUGUCGAGACACUCCAUCAACCCCUACAGCAACAGGGAGAGCAGGAUCCUCUUUGGGACCUGGAACCUGGAUCACAUCAUAGAAAAAAAACGUGCCAUCAUACCUACGCUGGUGGAAGCAAUUAAGGAACAAGACGGAAGAGAAGUGGACUGGGAGUAUUUUUACGGCCUGCUUUUUACCUCAGAGAACCUAAAACUGGUGCACGUUGUCUGCCAUAAGAAAACCACGCACAAGCUCAGCUGUGACCCGAACAGAAUCUACAAACGCCAGACGAGGCUGAAGAGGAUGCGGCCCGUGCGAAAGCGCCAGUGACCCGGGCGCAGCGUGCGCCCGUGCUUGUUGAGGCCUGACCUGGGCAUGAUUUUAACAGGUGCCCUUUUAUUUAUUUUUUUUUUUUGGUCACUCCAAUAGCUUCUGGAAAAAUCCUUAAAAAACAUUUCCUGUAAAUCUGAUUUCAGUCAUUUCUGUCAUUUCUAAAUCUUUUUUUUUUUU